AUGCAACACGGAUGGACGGAUGGAGCUAGUAGAGGGAAUCCUGGAGAAAGUGCCUAUGCAUUUUGCUUAAGGAACGACAAAGGAGAUAUUGUAUAUGCGGAGGCGGGGCAAUUGGGAAAUAGAACGAACAUGGAGGCAGAAACAUUAGCAGUCUUUAAAGCACUAAGACAUUGCAAGAGAUAUAAUUUCAGUAAUUACAUUCUAGAGACAGAUUCUCUAAGCAUUACAAAUAUAAUUCGAGGUAAUUGGAAGGUACCAUGGCAGCAGGCAGAGGAAAUACUGGAAAUAAUAGAGUUAAUUAGCUCUACACAGGCAAAGAUUCAACAUGUGUUUCGGGAAGCUAAUAAACUAGCAGAUAAAUUGGCAAAUGAAGCAUUUGAGCAAACGAAUGCAAUACAAAUACAUGCUUUCCAACAGUUAUCAGUGGAAUGUAGAGGAAUUGUGAACAUGGAUAAAGCAGAAAUUCCAUCACUACGGAUUAAAACAAGGAAGAUAACAGUACAAGCAACACAUCAGGGGAGGAUCAGAGAGAUUAACAAGGAACACAGUUAUGCUAUGUACAUCAAAUUUUUCCACUGUACAGGCAUACAUAACUGUGAAGAAAACAAUAGUCCUAGCUAUGUCAGCUUACAAAAAGUUCCACCAGCAAAAACGAAGUCGGUCAAAUCAGAUACGGAGAGGUUGUCUUGGAAUCUCUAUGUCCGUCUCAAAUCAGUGUGGAGUAAGGCAAAAAUGGAAAAGAAAGCUGAAAAAUGGAUUGAGGAAAUUGUUGAUAAGUUUUCUCAGGUUAUGAACAUUGCAAAGUAUCCUGUGGGAAUCAGAUCUCGUGUAGAGGAAGUAAAAUCUUUGUUGAAAGUUGAAUCUGGUGGUGUUCAUUUUAUAAGGAUAUGGGGGAAUGCUGGAGAGAGUCUUAAAAAAGCAUGGUCCGGGAGGCCUACGCCAUUUGCAACAGAAGCUUUUUUCACAGAUUCUGAAGAAACAUCUGUGAGUUUAGCAAAUUUUGCUAGAGGCGAUGAACUUAUAAGCCAAAUGCUUUGUUUCAAGAAAGUUCUAAUUGUUCUUGAUGAUAUGGAUUACAGUCUCCAAUUGGAAUAUUUAGCAGGAAAACGUGAUUGGUUUGGUGAUGGCAGUAGGGUCAUUACAACAACUAGAAGUUUUGAUUUACUUGGCAAGCAUGAUGUGUUAUAUCGUGUCCCAGAACUGACUAACCAUGAGGCUUUAGAAAUUUUUAGUUGGCACGCCUUUCAACAAGGAUCUCCGGUUAAAGACUUUGAAGAGCUCGCGUGUUGUGUAGUAGAUUAUGCUAAAGGCUUACCCUUAGCUCUGGAGGUGUUGGGUUCUUUUCUCUACAAACAAAGUAGGGAAAAGCAGAUAAGUGCAUUAUAUAGACUCCAAGAUUUCAGAGAUGGGAAAAUUGUUAGGUUACUCAUCAUAAGUUUAGAUGCAUUGGGUGCCAAAUACAAGAAUAUAUUUCUUCAUAUUGCGUGCUUCUUUAGAGGAAAAAAGGAAAAAGAUGUGAUUACAGUAUUAAAUAGACUUGGCUUCAAGUUACAUUAUGAAAUAGAUGUCCUCAGAAGAUCAUUUUUAUAUAUCUCAGAAGGAAUGAUUGAGAUGCACGAUUCGAUAGCACAAAUAGGUCAGCAAGUGGCACGUGAUGCUGAGCAGGGCAAGCCAUGGAACUGCAGUAGACUAUGGCAUGGAAAAGAUAUGAACACUGUUUUUUCUGCAAAUCAGAUUGCCAGAACCCAUACAUUUUCUGUGGCUCCCCAAAAUGAAGCCAAUCAAAAGUGGAAAUAUGAUGCCUUUUUGAGUUUUAGAGGAGAUGACACCCGCAAUAACUUUGUUGCCCAUCUUUAUAAACGUCUCCAAGACAUAGGAAUCAACGUAUUCAAAGAUGAUGUGAAACUUGAAAGAGGAAAGAUCAUUUCAACAGAACUCUUGAAAGCCAUUGAGGAAUCAAGAACUGCCAUUAUUAUCUUCUCCGAGGACUAUGCUUCAUCCACCUGGUGCUUGGAGGAACUCACAAUGAUCAUGGAGUGUGUUGACAAGAAGGAACAGAAAGCAUAUCCUGUCUUCUAUAACGUCGAGCCAUCAGAUAUACGCAUGAAAACUAAGAGCAGCAGCUUUGCUAAAGCGUUGGUAAAACACAGGGAAGAUUUCAAGGCUAAUUUUGAGAAGUUUGCAACCAAACAUGAGGCAGAUCUUGCUCUCAGGAAAUAAUAUGAGACAAAUCACAAGGAUAAUUUGGAGAAGGUGCAGAGGUGGAAGGACGCUCUACAUAGAGCUGCUGGAAUAGCAGGACUGAAUGUUCGUAAAACUGCUAAUGGGAAUGAAGCAGAUUCUGUUGACAAGAUUAUAAAUGAUAACUUCCGAAAUAUGCACCACACCGUUUCAGCAACUGAAAAAUAUCUAGUGGGAAUCAAAUCUCGUAUGGGUGAAGUAGAAUCAUUACUGAAGUUUCGAUCAAGUGAUGUCUGUUUUAUUGGAAUUUGUGGGAUCGGAGGCGUUGGGAAGACAACUGUUGUAGGAAAAUAUUUUGACAAGGUUUCUCAUCAAUUCCAAGGGUCUUGUUUUCUUGCGAAUGUU